AUGAUCUACCUGGCACAUGGAGGCUUUAUUGAACAGGACGAGGUCAAGGUCAAGGACAAGAACGAUGAUGAUGAUGAUGACUACGAGGGCGACUACGACGAUGAUGAUGAUGACGACUACGAGGAUAAAGACGAUGAUGAUGAUGACGACGACAACGAGGAUAAAGACAAUGAUGAAGACAAUUAUGAAGAAGUCCGCCAAAAACCUCUUCAAAGCUUCAAUAUUGAGACUCAACAAAUCAGAAGGAUUGGCUAUUUUAGACCCGGCUUCGAUCCAUCAUUCACAUUCAUUCAUGGCACGGUGAUCUAUUGCAUUGAUCAAGAUUCCUCUCCAAACUGCAUCGCCACAUACGACCUGGUCACCAAACAGGAGUCCUACACCCGUCUCUUGGGCAAGCUCCACACCUGCACCAUCCACCGUGACAAGCUCUACAUGUUGUUCGAUGAAGGUAGAUUCUACAGCAUGGCAUUGUCGACGUCAACAUCCAACUCUAGGAUGAUAAUGGUGGCGGCUAAGCUGACUCGCCUUGCAUCUGCACCAAGUAGAUUGGGACAGAGUAUUCCUGGCCAUCAUAACUUAGUUACAUGUACAUCAGAGAGAUCAACAUUGUUGUUACUACAAGGACAAGGAUGGAACUAUCGCUACUCAAUCCUAAAUGAUCUGUGGAUCAAGAUCAGUGAUCAGCAAUGUCCAUGGACCUCGCAUUCAUCCAGAAUAACAUGUGUUAUUGCUGAUCAUCCUAAAGUAGUACCCCACGUAUCAGUCAAGCCACUCCUCCAACAAUAA